UCGUAAGUUCUCAUACAAAUUUUGAUCCUUUUUAUUUGCAUAGUGUUGAAAAAUAAAUACUUUAUCUGUUUAUAAAGGUUGCAACAUUUUAAUUUUUACAGUAUGUUUAUUUGAUUUACACCAGAGGAAAUUAAAGAUAUUGAUGGUUAAAUUAUGCGUUGACAAGCGUGAAAGUUAAAAUGUUGUAUAAUUUAGAAAACAAAGGAAGUAUAUUGGGUCAAACAUAAUAUAAUGGAGUAUAUUUAACACUUGCUUUGAAAUUCAUGGAGUAAAUAUUUAAUUUCUUAGUGCGUGUAUAAUCGAGGUCAAAUUGCUUGCUUGAAAGUUCAGAAGAUUCUGGUGUUUAAAUAUUAGUAGAUAUUAGCUAAGUAGCUAAGCAUUUAAGCAAGAGAGUCUAAGGUUUGAAUGUGAAUGUUAUGUUCUUUAUUUCGUAAAUAGUAUUAUAUAUUUCAACCCCUUGAUUAGUCAAAGAUUUGGUGAUUCUGGUAUAUGUUGUUCUUCAAUACGAGAGUAGGAGACAAACAAAUGAUUUUAUGAUUGUUCUGGUUUUCUCAAGCCACAAGCCCACAACCGUAGAUUACUGCGACGGUGCGACCCUGCAUAUAUGUAUCUGAUCGGGGUAUGUGUCCAAGUAUUUGACUUGUCGGUUUUAUAAAAAGUACUAUAUAUUUCAUGUUUUUAGCCUAACAUGGAGUGUUAAAGUGUCCCUAUCCACGUGGAAGUCGAGGAUCCAACAUGAGUACUUUAGGUAAAAUGAAAGAUCUAAGUAACGUAGCAACUCUAUAUGUUUUUAGUCAAAAGUGACUUCAUUUGCUAAUAAAGAUGUAUUCCAGUGGUGAGUUUUAAUAUUGUUGGAAACUCAUUCAACUUGUUUACAUUAUACUGCUUUUGCAAAUCAUUUUUCAAUUCUUUUAUUUUGGUACUAUGUUAAACUCAGUAAGACAAGACGGAAUUGGUUGUCGCUUCUGAGAGAGAUUGUUGCUGACAUUGUCAUUAAUAUAAGUCACAAGGUUCAGCCAAUAAUUGACCAAUUAUAGUAGUUUGUAAGAAGAUGGUCUUAAACAACCUGGAUGUCAAACUAGCCAUCUGAGUGUUACUUUUUGUAUACGCAUUUGAUUCUGACUUUGACACUCCAAUUUUUUUUUUUUUUCUUGGGAACUCUUUCUACCCAAAAAAAAAGAGUAAAGCGUUGUUGAUAGCAUAUAAAAACAAGCAUUGUUGAUAGCAUAUACAAAAACUAAUGUUAUUUGGAUUCUUCUUUACUAGUAUCCAUGAAUUCACAAGUAUCAUGUUGCGUGUUUUGCAUAUUCUUGUUUGCUGUUGUUGUGUCCUGUCACUUUGGUUUCACCAUUGCCGUGAGUAAUGAGACAGACCGACUGGCGUUGCUUGAAAUCAAAGGCAACAUCAAUGACCCUCUUGGGGUUAUGAGGUCAUGGAAUGACACCCUCCACUUUUGUAACUGGUAUGGAGUUAGUUGUGGUCGAAGGCAUCAGAGGGUGACGAUGUUGGAACUCCAAUCAUCAGAGCUCACAGGUAUUCUUUCUCCUAGUGUAGGAAAUUUAAGCUUCCUUAGGGUGUUGAACCUCCAAAGUAACGGCUUUAGUGGAACUAUCCCAUCUGAAAUUGGUCGUUUGCAUAGGCUGCAGUAUCUCUUGCUUGGUAAUAAUUCCAUUGGAGGAGUAAUUCCAUCAAAUAUAUCUAGUUGCACUAGUCUUAUUCAGCUGGACAUCUUUAAUAACAUGCUGUUUGGAGGGCUCCCACCUGAGCUUGGUUUCCUGUCACGUCUGCAAUUUCUUACCUUGUCCAUAAACAAUUUGACAGGAGCCAUCCCUUCAUCUAUUGGAAACCUAUCAUCCCUAGUUGAGCUCUAUGUUUCUAGGAACAACUUAAUUGGGAGGAUCCCAGAUAGCCUAGGGAAGUUGACAAAUCUAAGUGUUCUGGCAUUAGCCGUUAAUCAGUUUUCUGGGAUAGUGCCAUCCUCAGUCUUCAACCUCUCUUCCAUGACAAUUCUAGAUUUAGGGGAGAAUAACUUGGAGGGAAACCUUCCUUCAGAUUUAGGCAUUAUGCUUUCUCAGCUCCAAGCCUUAUCCCUAGGCAAAAAUCGGUUCACUGGAGUCAUACCUACAUCAAUAUCCAAUUGUACAGACCUAGAAUAUCUUCAAUUGCCUUCAAACAAUUUUCGAGGACAAGUUCCCUCUUUGCACAAGUUAGAAAAGCUUAUGCGCGUUAAUAUUGGCAAUAAUUCCCUUGGUUUGGGUCAAGCUGAUGAUUUGAACUUCUUUUCUUCCUUGGUCAAUGCCACCAAGUUACAGGUCUUUGUCAUAAGUAAAAAUAAUUUUGCAGGAACAUUUCCUAGAACUAUCUGCAACUUUACAAUGCUUUCAUUUCUAGGAUUUCAGCUCAAUAACAUAGGUGGACAGUUUCCAAAUUGCAUAGAGAACCUAGCAAAUUUGCAGUACAUUGGCGCUUGGAGGAACCAACUCUCUGGUGUCAUUCCACAGGAAAUAGGGAAACUCCAAAGUUUAGUUGAAUUAGAUUUAACUGAUAAUCAGUUUUCAGGGUUCAUACCAUCUUCAAUUGGGAAUUUAACUGAGUUGACUGUCCUUCAAAUAGCUCAAAACAAUCUUGAAGGUCAAAUACCCUUAGCUUUGGGAAAUUGUAAAAACUUACUAGGAUUGGAUCUUUCUCAAAACAAUCUUAGUGGCAGGUUACCAUCAGAAAUAUUUAGCCUCUCUUCUUUAUCAACUGGACUCUAUUUAUCUAAUAACCAUUUCACGGGGUUCCUUCCGGAGGAAGUUGGACAUCUGAUUAAUCUAGAGGUCCUUGAUGUUGCUGAAAACAUGCUCUUAGGUGAUAUACCAAGGAGUCUUAGUGCUUGCAUACUCUUAGAUUCCCUGAAGUUGGAGGGGAACUUCUUCCAAGGAGCCAUUCCUCAAACAUUGGAAAUGUUAAAGGGUCUUCAUGAGUUAGAUCUAUCAAGGAACAAUUUAUCUGGUGAAAUUCCAAAAUCUUUAGUGAACCUUCCACUGCAGGCACUAAAUCUGUCGUUCAAUAACCUUGAGGGCCCAGUGCCCACUGGUGGAGUCUUCAAAAAUGAAACUGGUGUUUCAGUGUCUGGAAACAGUGGCCUUUGUGGAGGAAUACCUCAGCUAAGGCUUCCUGAAUGCAAUCUGGACAACAUCGGAACAAGACAGAGCCACAAAAUCAGAUUGAUACUUGCAAUUGUAUCAGGGGUUUUGGGAAUCAUUCUGCUGGGAGGAUAUGCAUCUUGGUAUGCCUUCUGCUACAGAAACAGAAGGAAGAAACCCAGCGCUUCCAUUGAUGCAGAAAAUUCCCUUUCAGAAUUUUCUUAUCAAAGUCUUCUGAAAGCUACAAAUGGGUUCUCCUCUGAAAAUCGUAUUGGUAGUGGCUCUUUUGGUGUUGUAUACAAGGCAACCCUUGAUCAUGAUGAUGGAACAAUUGCUGCUGUUAAAGUGUUUAACCUUCAGCACCAUGGUGCUUCAAGGAGUUUCAUGGCUGAAUGUGGCGUCCUCCGAAACAUCAGACAUCGGAAUCUCGUGAAGGUGAUAACAGCUUGCUCUAGUACUGAUUAUCAAGGAAAUGACUUCAAGGCUUUGGUUUACGAGUACAUGGUAAAUGGGAGUUUGGAAGAUUGGUUGCAUCCGACAGAGGUCAUACCAAGGGUUGAGGGGACAAAUAGUGAAUCAAGGAAUUUGAAUCUUUACCAAAGACUAGAUAUAGCAGUUGAUGUUGCUUUCGCGUUGGAGUAUCUUCAUCAUCGUUCUGGUACAGCAAUAGUUCAUUGUGACCUUAAGCCAAGCAAUAUUCUCCUCGAUGAAGAAUUGGUCGCGCAUGUUGGUGACUUUGGAUUGGCCAAAUUCUUACUGAAGGACAUCAGCAACUCCUUUGUAAGUGAGUCCAGUUCUUUUGGAGUUAGGGGAACUAUUGGAUACACCCCUCCAGAAUACGGGUUGGGUAAUGAAGUUUCUACAUAUGGCGAUGUCUACAGCUUUGGGAUCCUUUUACUCGAAAUAUUUACUGGAAAGAGACCAACCAGUGAUAAAUUCAAUAGAGGCCUAAGCCUGUAUCACUAUGUGAAAGAAGCUUUGCCUAGAAGGGUAACCGAGAUUCUGGAUCAUGCUCUUCUUAUAGACAUAUUAGGUGAGGAAAACACUAGUACUACGAUAUUGGAGGCCUUGAUUUCCUUACUUGGAGUAGGACUUUCUUGCUCUGCUGAGCUCCCAGAAGAAAGAUUGAACAUGAGUGAUGUUGCUGCAAAGCUAUCAUCAAUCAGAAAUAGUCUUCGUGGAAUUCAUCUACAAGGACAAAGGAGAUGAAAUAAAAGCUCGAGCGCAAGAAAAUUUCCCUCAGUGAAAACAUUUCUGCCAUAGAAUUGGUAGAUGAAAUAAAAUACUUGUAGCUAAGAGUGUUUGUACUUUCAAUGCUGUUAGCAACCCAUGUUUACUGAAUGAUAAAGUUAGCCUGUCAUCGCUUCA